UAUACAUUGCAUGCCAUGUUUUUCAUUUUAGGUGUUGUGUUUCCCUUCUUUAUCUGUAAACUGCUUGAGAACACAGAAAACAUGCCCAGGCAUCAUCGAUGGCGCGACUCGGUUAAAACCUUUUUUGGGAAUCAUGUUGAUCCUCAAAGGAACGAGGAGCUGAGAGAAACCAAAGCAGUAAUCGAGAGCAACGUGCAGAAGAUCAUAAAGCUGCUUAAAGACGAGGGUGGAAAAGAACCACUGGCUAAUCUGAUUGCGGAUUUCCACAAUCAGUACCAGUCUCUGUAUGAGCGUUAUGAUAAUCUGACAGAGGAGUUGACGAAAAAGGCAAACGGGAUACAUGAGAAGGACAAUUCCUUGUCCGGCUCUGACUCCUCGGACUCAGAUGGUGCUUCGCACAGGGAAAGAAGAGCCUCAAAAAAUGGCGUGGAUGCGAAUUUUGAAGAUGAGAAAGUAGCAUCUAUUAAGCAAGAACUUGAAACGGUUCUUUCUGAGAUUGCUGACUUGAAGAGGAAAAUGGCAAUCACUGUUUAUGAAAAGGAAACUCUGCACGAGGAGUGCCAAAAUACACUGAAUAAAACAAAGGAAUCAGAGACUCUCAUAGCCGAGUUGAAUUCCAAAGCUGAAAAACUGGAAGCCGAGAACUCUAGGCUUUCGGCUGAGAACACUGAUGUGAAAGUGGAAUUGGAGAAUUCGGUUAAGCUACACGCCGAGUUCAACCAGAAGCUGGAAGAGAUGAAGAGCGAGAGAGAAAGCUUGAGUAUCGAAAAAGAUGCAGCCAUUGCCAAACAUGAAGAGCUACAUAAAGAGCUGGAAGCAGUCAAGAUAGAACUCUCUACUUCAACGGAGAAACUAGAAUCAGUAGAAAGUGAAAUCACUCAGCUGACUGAGAUGCAAGGCAUUGCUAAAGACGAGAGAACGAGUCUUACCUUAAAGAUUUUACAGUUUGAGGGUGAAAUACAACAAGCUGAGAUCAAGUUUCAAGAGCUUGCAUCUGAAUCAAGCCAGUUAAGGGAAAGCUUGGGGGAGAAGGAAAGGGAGCUUUCAAGUCAUCUGGAGACUCACGAGGCUCACAAACAAGAAGCGAAAGAAAAACUGGAAUCAGCAGAAAGAGAAAUGGCCAAAGUAAAUCAGAUGCACAUGUCCUCUCAAGAGGAGAACAGUAGUCUCUCCUCCAAGAUUUCACAGCUUGAGGAAGAGAUCAAACAGGCUGUGAGAAAGAUUCAAGAUCUUAAUAACGAAUCCAGCAGGUUGAGGGAAAAUUUGGCUGAGAAAGAAAGGGAGCUUUCGAGUCACCGUGUGAUUCACGAGGCUCACAAAAAGGAAGCACUGGAGAAACUGGAAAAAGCAACAGUAGAAAUCACCAAGCUUAGUCAGAUGCAGAGGGAUGCUGAAGAGGAAAAUGGAAGUCUUCUUUCAAAGAUUUCACAGCUUGAGGAUGAUAUGAGACAGGCUGAAAAAGAGAUUCAAGAUCUUAUUACCGAGUCAGGCAUGUUGAAUGAAAAUAUGGCUGAUAGAGAAAGGGAGCUUUCAACUAAUAUUGAUAAUCUAGAGGCUGACAAAGAGGAAGCAUUCGAGAAACUGGAGACAGCAGAACAAGAAAUCACUAAGCUUCAUCAGAUGCAUAAGGCUGCUGAGGAAGAGAAUAGUAAUCUGUCUUCAAAGAUUUCACAGCUUGAGGAUGAGAUAAAACAGGCAGAAAGCAAGAUUCAAGAUCUUAUCACCGAAUCUAGCCAGUUGAGGGAAAAAACGUCUGAGCAAGAAAGAGAGCUUUCAAGUCACCUUGAAAUUCAUGAAGCUCACAAAAAGGAGGCACUGGAGAAAAUGGAGACAGCAGCUGGAGAAAUCACAAUGCUUCGUCAGAUGCAUAAGGCUGCUGAAGACGAGAAAACUAAUCUAUCUUCGAAGAUGUCACAGCUUGAGGAAGAAAUAAAACAGGCUGAAAGCAAGAUUGAAGAUCUUAUUACAGAAUCUGGCCAGUUGAGGGAAAAAUUGGCUGAGAAAGAAACUGAGCUUACAAGGAAUCUCGAGAUUCAUGAAGCUCACAAAAAAGAAGCAAUGGAGAAAAUGGAGACAGCAGCUGGAGAAAUCACAAUGCUUCAUCAGAUGCAUAAGGCUGCUGAAGACGAGAAAACUAAUCUGUCUUCGAAGAUGUCACAGCUUGAGGAAGAAAUAAAACAGGCUGAAAGCAAGAUUGAAGAUCUUAUUACAGAAUCUGGCCAGUUGAGGGAAAAAUUGGCUGAGAAAGAAACUGAGCUUACAAGGAAUCUCGAGAUUCAUGAAGCUCACAAAAAAGAAGCACUGGAGAAAAUGGAGACAGCAGCUGGAAAAAUCACAAUGCUUCAUCAGAUGCAUAAGGCUGCUGAAGACGAGAAAACUAAUCUGUCUUCGAAGAUGUCACAGCUUGAGGAAGAAAUAAAACAGGCUGAAAGCAAGAUUGAAUAUCUUAUUACAGAAUCUGGCCAGUUGAGGGAAAAAUUGGCUGAGAAAGAAACUGAGCUUACAAGGAAUCUCGAGAUUCAUGAAGCUCACAAAAAAGAAGCACUGGAGAAAAUGGAGACAGCAGCUGGAGAAAUCACAAUGCUUCAUCAGAUGCAUAAGGCUGCUGAAGACGAGAAAACUAAUCUGUCUUCGAAGAUGUCACAGCUUGAGGAAGAAAAAAAAAAGGCUGAAAGCAAGAUUGAAGAUCUUAUUACAGAAUCUGGCCAGUUGAGGGAAAAAUUGGCUGAGAAAGAAACUGAGCUUACAAGGAAUCUCGAGAUUCAUGAAGCUCACAAAAAAGAAGCACUAGAGAAAAUGGAGACAGCAGCUGGAGAAAUCACAAUGCUUAGUCAGAUGCACAAGGCUGCUGAAGAUGAGAAAACUAAUCUGUCUUCAAAGAUGUCACAACUUCAGGAUGAAAUAAAACAGGCUGAAAGCAAGAUUGAAGAUCUUAUUACCGAAUCUAGCCAGUUGAGAGAAAAAUCAGCCAAGCAAGAAAGAGAACUUGCAAGUCACCUUGAGAUUCAUGAAGCUCACAAAAAAGAAGCUCUGGAGAAAAUGGAGACAGCAGCUGGAGAAAUCGCUAAGCUGAGUCAGAUGCACAAGGCCGCUGAAGACGAGAAAACUAAUCUGUCUUCAAACAUUUCACAGCUUCAGGAUGAGAUAAAACAGGCUGAGAACAAGAUUCAAAAUCUUAUAACCGAAUCAAGCCAGUUGAGUGCAAAAUUGGCUGAGAAAGAAACGGAGCUGACAAGGAAUCUCGAGAUUCAUGAGGCUCAAAAAAAGGAAUUAACAGAGAAACUUGAGACAGCAGCAGAAGAUAUCUCUAUGCUUAGUCAGAAGCAAAAGGCUGUUGAGGAGGAGAAUGCUAGUCUGUGUUUAAAGACUUCGCAUCUUGAGGAUGAGAUAGAACAGGCUAAACACAAGAUUCGUGAUCUUGUUACGGAAUCAAGCCAGUUGAGUGAAAAGUUGGCUGAUAAAGAAAGGGAGCUUUCAAGUCAUCUUGAGAUUCAUGAGGCUCAGAAGAAGGAACUUACGCAGAAACUAGAGACCUCAGCAGAAGAAAACGCUAAGCUCAGUCAGAAGCAAAAAGCUGCUGGAGAGGAGAAUACCAGUCUGUCUUCAAAAAUUUCACAGCUUGAGGAUGAGAUUAGACAGGCUGAAAACAAGAUUCGUGAUCAUGUUGCCAAAUCAAGCCUGUUGAGUGAAAAAUUGGCUGAUAAAGAAAGGACGCUUUCAAAUCACCUCAAGAUUCAUGAGGCUCACAAAAAGGAAGCAACAGAGAAACUGGAGAAAGCAGCAAAAGAAAUAACUAAGCUGAGUCAGAUGCAAAAGGCUGCUAAAGAGGAGAAUACUAGUCUCUCCUCAAAGAUUCUGCAGCUUGAGGAACAGAUGAAACAGGCUGUGAGCAAGAUUCAAGGUCAUGUUACCGAAUCUAGCCGGUUGAGGGAAAAAUUGGCUGAGAAAGAAAAGGAGCUUUCAAUACACAUUCAGAUUCACGAGGCUCAAAAAAAGGAAGCAAAGGAGAAACUGGAUACAGCAGCAAAAGAUAUCACCGAGCUGAGUCAGAAGCUAAAGGCUUCUGAAGAGGAUAAUACUCUCCUUACUUCAAAGAUUUCACAGCUUGAGGAGGAGAUAGGUAAUGCAGAAAAUGAGAUUCAAGAUCUUAUUACUGACUCUGGCAUGGUUAGUGAAAGUCUGGCUGAGAAAGAAAGGGAGCUUUCAAAUCACCUUGAUAUUCAUGAGGAUUACAAAGAGGAAGCAACGGAGAAACUGGAAAAAGCAGCCGAAGAAAUCACUAAGCUCAGUGAGAUGCAAAAGGCUGCUGAAGAGGAGAAUUCCAGUCUUACCAUGAAGAUUUCACAGCUUGGGGAUGAUUUAAGACAGGCUGAAAACAGAAUUCAAGAUCUCGUUACUGAAUCAAGCCGGUUGGCUAAAACGUUGGAAGAAAAAGAAAGAGAGUUUUCCAGCCACCUGGAGAUUCAUGAGUCUCACAAGGAACAAGCAUCAACUCGUACGAGGGAAUUGGAGCUGGAACUUGAUUCGUCGCACAUUCACAGAAGAGAUUUAGAGAAACAGAAAGAUGAUGGAAGCAAAAGGGGGAAAUUAAUAAGAAAGGAGAAAAUGGCGGAGGGUUCAAAAGUACGGCUGGUUCGCUGCCCUAAGUGUGAGAAUCUCCUCCCUGAGCUCCCUGAUUUCUCUCUCUACAAGUGUGGAGGCUGUGGUGCGAUUUUGAAAGCUAAAAAUAGGGGGAUUGUGGAAGGUAGAUCGUCAGAGGUAUCCGAGGAUUCUAAGGGUGGAGUGAUUUCUGAGGAAAACAGCAUAGAUAACAGUAUCAAGGUUGACAUGGAGAGUGCUGAUGCAAUUGAAGACAGUGGUGUGGAGCGAAUCCAGAAAGAAGGAUUGGUUUCGAAUGGUGCUUCCACGUUACCAGCUGAACAUAAGGAGACGCCAGCUGAUUCUGAUACGAGUAGGAGAGGUAAAGAAAGGGUGAGAAAUGUGGAGAGUUCUGAUGAUGAGUUCAGGCCAUACUCACAAGGUCUGGUCCGUGAUAGAAAUCGGGGCAAAAGUUGUGAUUUUAGAGUGGAAGGGUCAGAGUUUGUUGGUUUCCAUGAUGACAAUGCUAAAGGCUUCACCCCGCUGGAUUCUUCAAGGUCGAGGCAGUUUAUGGACCAGUGGGGCGUGAACACUAAAGGUUCGGUGCACGGGCCAGCUAGGGGCGUUCCUGCUCAAGUGAGGUUUGAUGAUUUUGUUUAUCAUGAUGAGGGGCAGUCGAGUUAUGGCAUGGGCUCUUAUUAUGAACAAGGUGAAAGGUCUCGAUAUCGAGGUCACAAUCUUGAUGGACAUAACAGCAUUGAGAGCUUAGAAAAUGGCCGGGCAGAGCUCCUAAGGAAGCUUGAUGAACUGAAGGAUCGGAUAUCCCGGUCUUGUGAUAUGGCAGAUAAACCCAAGGAAAAUAUUGGCAUCGAUGAGAGGAUGGUUUCCUCCACUUCACCUGAUACUUAUGGUAGACAUCAUGCAGCUUAUGCUCAAGAAGGAUUAACUACUACAUCACACGCUGCAAACAGGCAGCCAAUGUAUCCUGAUAACAUUGUACCUCCCUAUUUCAGUCGUUCUGCUGGAUUUGCUCCAUACUUGGAUAGGUAUGGUUCGACAGUGAUGGAUUCGUAUCCACAAAGGGGAUAUCCACACGAGUACAUGCACUAUGCUAAUACCUAUAAGCCAGAAGUUCUUCGGAGGCCGCCUCAUCAGCUACAAUCCCGAUACAUCCAACAGCCCAGUCACGAGCACUAUCCGGGAUACUAUAGUGAUGCCAAUAAUGAGCGGUUCAUGUUGCACCGGCAUGAAAACUUUUUUCAUCAGCCGGCAUGCUCUUGUGUGCACUGCUCUGAUAAUAAUUGGCAUAUGCCUCCUAGGGUUGAUCCCUUGGGUUUGCAUAACCGAAGGUCUCAAAACGAACCUUCUAAUCAGGCUUUUGAUCAUCUAACCCCUAUUCUGCACCGGCAACAGGUUAAUAGUUCUGGGAACGCGAAUUUGUAUCCACCACAAUCUCGACAGUCUUUAACUGUGAAUUCUUCCGACAUAGAUUCGGAGAAUGAUGGUUUCAAUUACCAUCAUCCUAGAAAGUUGCUUGUAGGUCCUAGGGGUGGGCAGGUGAGUCAUCCCGUCGGAGGUGGUGCUCCUUUUAUAACAUGCAGCAGUUGCUUUGAGUUAUUGAGACUUCCAAGGAAACACAUUUCAAUGGAUAAAAACAAACAAAAGUUGAAAUGUGGUGCCUGUUCUUCCGUCAUCUUGUUUGAACUCGGGAGUAAGGGGCUUGUUGCAUCUGUUUCUACGCUCGUCGAGGAAUUGCCAACAGAGAUUGAUGAAGUCUCUGGUGGAACGGUCGAGAACAUGAGAUACUGGAAUGAUGGUUCGAGUACUGCUAACAUGAACACCUGCUCUAAUGAUUUUGAUGACUUUGACCAUAAGUUUUUGCCAGCGGACAAGAAGUUGAAUUCUGGUAUUCCUGAGAAGCAACUGAAUAAUCUUUCUUCAACUUCAAGUCCAUCGGAGGACGAGCAGAGUCCAGGAAAUAAAUCAUCUAGGCAACGUGAUUCCCCGAUUCCAGAUUUGGCUGCGUCACCACAGGAAUUACCCUGUCAUUCUCCAGAAAAUGUGAUAGUCAGCCGCUUUGACAAAUGGAACAAGAGUAAUAGACCCGAGCAGGAGAUGGUUUCUCUGGAAAGGACAACCUCUAAACAGAAUCCGGCAAGAGAUGGAGCUGUGGCAACUGAGACAGACGUGUCGUUAAAUGCGUUUUCAAAUAGCAAUAGGUCUCAGGACUCCAUUGACAUAAGUAGAGAAGCUCCAAAGGCUAACAAAGGAGGAGAGUCUUUUCUUGCAGGUCUUAUCAAAAAGAGCUUCAGAGACUUCAAAAAGUCCAACCAAGGUGGAGUUGUCGGCGGAUCGCAAGUUUUUGUAAACGGGCAUUUGAUACCAGAUCGCAUAGUCAAGAAGGCUGAAAAACUAGCUGGUCCAAUUCAACCAGGAGAAUACUGGUACGAUAAACAAGCUGGAUUUUGGGGCGUGAUGGGCUAUCCCUGCCUGGGUAUCGUCAUGCCAAAUAUUGAAGAAUUUAACUAUCCUAUACCGAAGAACUGUGCUGCUGGAAAUACAGGAGUUUUUGUUAAUGGACGUGAACUCAACGAGAAAGAUUUGGAUUUGCUCUCGAGCCGUGGUCUGCCAAUCACAGAAAACAGAUCAUAUCUCAUUGACAUCACUGGAAAAGUGGUUGAUGAGCAGACUAGGGAAGAACUAGAUGGUCUGGGAAAACUUGCACCAACGGUUGAAAGAGCCAAGCACGGAUUUGGUAUGAAAGUGCCGAAAUUUAUUGCUCAGUCGAGGAGUUAAAGAGAUCGGGUUCUCCCCGCCUCCUCAAGGGGUUUAAGCGAUGGAUAUGGUUGAUCACUUGAAGUACAUUGCAGUUGAGUUAUGCUUGCCCAUUCUUCUUUAGAUAUAGGGUAAGUUUGUUGUUGUUAAUUUAGUGUAUUUCAUUAUUUGUGUGUAGAACAUCUCAGCCAGAAAGAUGCUUGGCUGGUUUUACCAGAGUUUUGGUUUUGAUCUUGGUUUGAAGUAGUUUGUAAAGAAAGCUUUGCCAAUUUAUAACUGGUUAUUCAUUUGUAGUUUGAUGCUUC